GGCCCCCGGCGGCGGCGGGGGAGGUGGAGCUGGGGGCCCCUGCGGGGCCUGCGAGCGAAGGGGGCCCCCCUGGGUGGGGCGGGAGCCGCAGCAGCAGCAGCAGCAGCAGCAGCAGCAGCAGCAGCGUGGCUUUGGACGUGGAGGCCCUGAACCGCGCCGUGUACGUGAGGGCCCCCCUGGGGAGCUUCCAGGGGGCCCUCGUGCACAUGAAGUUGCGGGAGUUUGCGAGAAGUCACCACGGAGUGUUUGGGACUUGUACAAUAAAUGGAGUUUGUGGUUGGGUCUUAACAGUGGAGUUUCUGGCGGUCUUAGUGGGGUUAAUGGCGUGUCCUGACGAGCCCGGGGGGCCCCCCGGGGGCCCCCAGGGGCCCCUGGGGCCCCUGGGGCCCCUGGGGCCCAAGCCCUUCCUGCAGCCCAGUACCCCUUUGGGGGCCCUUUGCAUCUACGGCUUUGCUUCUUUGCUGCUGUCUUUGCUGCUGGCCUUUCGCUUCGCGGGGCCCCGCGUGCUGCUGCUCGCGCUGCGAACGUCGCAAGUUGCUGCUGCGCUGCUGGUGGCUGUGGGGUUUGCCAUUCAGAUAUGUUACGCGCGGGAGGGGCCCCUGGUUUGCGCCGCGGGGGGCCCCCCGCCCCUGGGGGCCCCCGAGGGGGCCCCCGAGGGGGGCCCCCCGGGGGGCCCCGGGGGCCCCCGGGGCCUCUGGGGGCCCCCCCAGACCCGCGCGAUCCUCUUUGGAAACUUCCUCUACACGCAGCUGCAGCUGCUGCUCUUCUUUGCUUCCACUUUCAACACUCUUUGCUGGCCAAGACUUUACCGCUGGUGGUUUUGCAGCUUUUCCAUAAGGCUUUGGCACUUAGUGAAAAAACACAAAAUCAAACUUCACAUUCCAGACCAAGUCCAGCGCGAGAUCCACGCCGCGGGGCCCGUCGCCAGAGCCGGUGGGGCCCCAAACCCUCCCAAACCCUAA